AUGCACACUUCAUUCAAAAAUCAUCAUACAUUUAACUUCCGCUAUAAGCAGGUAUACUUUAUGCUCUGCUUUCUAAGUCUUCUUGUCACAAAUACUUAUGGUUAAGGCAGUUGCACCGAUUCGAAAUCAACUCCUUAUUCUGGGUAUUUAGACACUCGCCUGUUUUAUGGUUCCUUUAAAAGAGAUCUUAAUUCAUCAAUAACAAUAAGAAAUCCAUACUCAGGCUAACUUAAUUUAACGCAGGCUACUGUCAUGUUUUGGGCUAAACUUCCUGCACUCUCGAAUGAUACUACUCUUUAAAGAGGAAGAUUUUUUGAGUGCAACAACACUUUCUCUGGACGACUAGAUAAUAAUAGUCUUCAAUUAAAUGUAUCUCAAAAUUUCAAUUUUACUAAUGGAACCGUAAACAGCACAGUAAUAAGAUAAACUUUGAAUGUGAGAUAAUUUAACAGUAGUCUUGCUGGGUUAUUGGAAUGGAAUCACUACAGCUUUUCCUUCAGAGAUCGUAGAAUGAGAAUUCACUUCAAUGGUCUCCAAAUAUCAGAAGUGUUAAUGAAUUAUACAACAAUAAAUACUACUAGAAAUACUGAUAUAUGCGUGAUAGGCAACUCAAUUAAUCAUACUGACCCACUUCACGCCUUUAUGAGAUACUUCGCUAUGCUCAGCUCUGGGUUGGCCUCAAAUACUUCUUUAGAAUUACGGAUGAGGUCUGUGUUUUUGCCUUCUGAAAGUGUGGUUUUGGUUUAUUUCAAAUUUGACAAAUAUUUUAACCGCCAAGAAACCUACAUUAAUAACUCAACAAGACAGAUUAGAAUUCAGAACUUCACAAUUGAAAAUAGCAUUGAGCCUGAAUCUGUAUGCUACUGCACUUAAAAUACUCCUUCUACCUUCCUCCGAUUAAAUCAAAGCUUCUUGCUUGAUGAGAUUUAGCUGCCUAAGUUAAAUGAUACAUUCUAAAGAAUUUUAACUAACGGAUUUACUUUUCAAAUUUGGCUUUUCCCUCUUAACGUCUCUAGUACUCUAAAAAAUAUGUCGAUAUAUACAUUUGUAGUUACAAUGAAUUAAUCAAUACUGUUUGUUGACGGAGUCGAAGUUCAAAGAAUCAAUGCAAAUUUAACAGGUUUUAUAGCCUAUAUUGAUGAACCUUCUGUUAAUAUAAAACUUGGAGAAAACCUUGACUCACUUGUAUAUAAAGUAGCUCUUCUAAUAAACCCUUAAGAAGUACCAGAUAAUAUUUCAGCUUAAAUUCUUAAUUCCUAUGCUAAUCACACUCAAAAUUAAAUCUCACAAAUUUCAGCUAAUUUCACCUAUAUCCUGAAUUUACAACUAACAAGAGAUCAACUUAUUCAUGACAGAAGCUUCGCAUCUGAUUCAAGGUUAGUGACAUUUGACUAAGUUAGAGGAGCAUAUUUCGUUUAAUCAUAUCAAGUUGAUGAUUUGAAUUACACUGUGAACAUAACAAGCAUCAAUAUCUUUUCUGCCUUUAAAUUUGAACAGAACAAUAUGCUUUGUACAUCACAGACACCAAAUUCAGUAUAAGCACUGUGGGAUGGUUAUGCAUGCAAAAGUUAAAGUUAUAGUCCUAUGUUUUAGGUUUUAAAACCUCCAGUCAACUCUCUCAGUGAUUAAGCUAAUACAGAAUAAAGCAGUAAUCAAUAACAGCAAUAAUAAUUACUUAAUCCUUAUUUAAGCACCUAGAUAUCAGGCAACUUCAGCUAAAUGACUAUUGAUUUGUGGUUUAAGUUGAAUUAUCAAAACAUCAGCAGCAUCUUGUAUUAAGAUCAGACUAUUAUUGGCAUGUAUCCUAAUAAAUCGACUAGCAAUCUCUCGAGUGACAAAUCUUUUAAGGUUUACAUGAACAUCUAAGAUAGUUAUGAUGAAAGCAUGAACUUGACAUCAAGUAAUUAUAAAGUUAUUUGUGAGAAUUCUGUAUUCUUUGACUCUUAAAAGUUUUAAAUUCAAAUCUAAAAUGCUUAGAUCAUUGCUAAUAACACCUGGAUACAUCUUGCUGAAAAUAUAGAUGCCACUCAACUAUAGACUAGCGGCUAAUUAAUUGCUUACUCAUUAGCUUUGAAAAAUGAAGAGAGUAAUAACGCCUAGUAUCCAAAAAGUUAGAUAUCAGAUGUAUAAUCUUUUGACAUAUUUAUCGGAAGUGACAUUUAAAAUAUGGAAUAAUUUGGUGGGCUUAUAAGAGAGCUUAGAAUCUUUAAUUCAAGCCUUAAUUUUAACUAAGUGCGAUCUCUUAGAUUUUAGAAAUUACCGGUAACAUAUCAAAACAAACUUGUCACUUAAUACUCUUUCGAAAACGGCUAUUAAGACAUGAUUUUUAAUUCUGCAACACCAAAUACUCAAGCUAAUAUAAAUUAGUUAGCACAUUACUAUGUUGAUGCAAAGAAAUACGUCUGGCAGAAUGAAAGUUAAUUGAUUAUAUGCGGAUAAGGAUAUCUCUUCAACGGAUAAUGCUGUUCAUUAGUAGCCUUUCUACCAUAAUUAUCUUUCAAAGAGAAUAAUGAAACUGUAUUUGUAAACUCCACUCUUGGCAAAGAAUCAUUUUAUGAUGCAACAUCAAACUUCACAUGGAGACUAGUAUCAGUCAUCCCGAAUAACACUUUUUACUAAAAUAUCCUGAACUCAACUCUUGUUUUACAAAGAACUAACCAAAACUUAGUGUUUAACAAAUCAGCAAUUUACAGAAAUAGUACUUUUGUAGUUGAGGUUUAAAUUCAAAACAUUUUCUAAAAUUAGGUUGCUGUCUAAAGGAUAGGCAUUACUAUAUAAUGUCCUCUAGUGAGAAUGAAUUACACUUAAAAUCCUAUCAUUCAUCCUUGGGGGUAUGUUAGAAAAUUAGCUGUCCAGGCUUUAUUAUUAAACGAUUGUUAUAACAACUCUUUGACUGUGAAACAGAUAUUGUGGGCGAAUUCUACCACUGGAUCAUUAGGAAAUCCAUUUACUUUGUCAACAGAUAAGAUGAUUGUAACUUACUCAAAUGAGACAAGAGUCAGAAAUAAUAGUGACAUGUGGUUGAAUUUAAGUGUGCAAUUCAGUAACAAUUAGUUUGUUAAUGACACUAGAAUUGUUAGAUUCUUAUCUCAGCCAGUUGUAUUAAGUGUUAAUCCUGAGUAAUUUUACUUGCUUAAUGGAUAGCCAUUGUCCUUUAAUGUCAGCUAAACUUAGUUCUUGGUAAAUACUGUGAAUAGGACUCAAUAAGGAUACUAAAUCAACUGUACUAAUAGAUUUAACUUUAAAAAUUCAACUCGUUCUUGUAGUAUUGACUAAAAUACAGGUUUAUUUGGGCUAAGUAAUAUUGACCUUGUAGAUCCUAUUAUAGCAUAUUUAGAUUAUCCCUUCAAUAUUAGUGCAGGAAUUUCAGGUACAUCCUUGCUUGCUCAAAAGCAAAUAUCUGCAAAGUGGUAUAAUCUUGGAUAAGGAACUGAUAAUUGUCCUGGAGUUGAAGUGGUAGAUUAUUUCAAUGUGAGUAAAAAUAACUUAACUACAUAACUUCACACACCUAAAGUAAUUCUUGACUGUCUAUUAGAUGACUAGGUAACACAAAAGAGAUAUAGUAGGGUAAAUGUUACUAAUGAGUUUGAUUAGCCCACACUUGAUUUAUACAAAGUUAUUUACAAUCUUACUUUGGGAGUCAGCAAUUUCAAUCAAACUUUUGAGCUUUUAAAUGAUAACUAUACUUUCAGAUUUAGGAAUAAUAAUACUAUAAUUUAAAGGAUAAGGGUGGGUGAUUUGAUUCCAAUAAAUAUGACUAUGCAUAUCCUUGAUCUCGGUAGUGAAAACAAAACAAUUAUUAAGUAUACUAAGAUUCUUAAUGUUAAUGUUCUAUUCUCAGAUCUAGUUGUGAUUAGCAAUAUUACAUCAGAUAAAAAUGGUUACAUAGCUUUUGAUCAAGAGCUUAUCAUUGAUGCCUCUUUGUCUUACGAUCCUGCUUUUAAUAUUUCUGCAACACAAACUAAUACAUCUAUGCUCACCUAUUUAUACUACUGUAAUAAUUAGCCUUGCCCAUUAAACGCUAAUUAAAUGAAUAAAGGUGUUUUAAGGUUAACAAUUGUUGAUGCUAUUAAAUUAGGAUAUUAUUACAAUACUCCCUAUAACUUCAGUAUAGCUAUUAACAACCCACUAAUCUUUAGAUAGGCUUUAAUGUAUGCAAAUUAUACAGUCAGAUUCAGCCCACCUAAUAAGAUUGGUACACAUACAUGUCCUAGGAUAUUCUAUUAUAGACAAAACACAACAAAUACAACUAUUAGACAGACAAAUUAUACAUUUAAUACAUUAAAUGUGACAGAUCAAGAAAUAAAAGUAGGUUAUGAAAACUGUGAUACCCUAGCUUACACUCCUUAGCUAAUGAUCAUUGAUUUUCCAGCAAAGCAACUCUAUUCAGCUUAUUCUAAAUAGCUUUCAUCAAGAGCGUUUAACUAAUCAAUAUUUUAGCUUCAAUCUUAACUCCUAUUAAAUAACAUUGAAUUACUGGAAUCUUAAAUCGUAAAAUCUACUCUAUUUUUCAACUAUACAUUAAACAGACUGCAAAAGAUAGGAUACAGCACAACUGAGUUUUAAAUUAAUAGGACAUUUUCACGAUUAAUUCCAAAAACUAUCCCUAAUUCUGCAGAUAAUAAAGUCUAAAUUAGUUUUGAGGAUCCAAUCGCAAUAGAUUCAUCUUAAUCUUAUGACCCUGAUCAACCAUACAUUCAAAAAAAUUACCAAGAUUUCACCAUAGUUAGAAAUUGUUCACAAAAUAUUUAGCAACUAUGCAACCAACUUGAUUAGAUAAAAACAUUUGAGUUGAAUAAAAACUUGAGAAAGUAAUAUAAUAUUUAAGCAGUGGGUUCUACUUUUUGGAUUUCGUUAAGACUAGUUGCUCAAAAUAGAACAUCUUAAGUAGAAAAUAUUACAUAUGAAGUUAUUAAAUAAGAUUAUCUAAAAUGCUUGACAGUAAAAGAUCUUUAUUCAAAUAUUGUCAUUAACAGAGAUGAAAUGAAAAUGCCAAUAACUAUUAGUCCAACUGCUUAAAGUUCCUGCAGUUAUGUAUUUAUAAUUGAUAAGCUAGAAUGGAGUACAAACUAUUCAAGCUAAUUUUGGAAUAGCAAUAAAUUCUUUAACUACGAGGCAGUAAUCAGCAAAGCUCAAAUGUUGUUAUUGCCUUAAGAUUAGACGAUCUUACUUAGAGUUAGAGCUAAGUAUAUGGUCUUAGAAAAUAAAAUCGAUACAUUUUAUUCGUUGCCGUUUAAUUAUUCGAUAAGAAUAUAAUUGCCUGAAAUCAAGGCUUAAAUUGAUGUCAAUGACCAAAUUAAUACUUCAGAUGAAACUUCUAUAAUAACAGCUUCACUCUUAAAUGUUCCAUCUAAUGUCUCUACAAGAGGAAUGACUUGCAAAUUUCAAUGUAAGUUUAGGAAAGAAAAUUCUCAAGAAUGUGGUAGUAGAGAUUUAUGCCAGUUCGAUUAUAUGCCAAUCUUGAAGAAUUUCAUAAUUAAUAACAGUUUUGCCUACUCACAGUAUCUAAUCAUUGUAGAUAUCUCUUUAGACAAUACAAUUUACACGACGAAAAAAGUAGUAUCAAUUAGAUCAUCAGAAAUAGCACCUAAAUGUUCAAUUGAAAUAAAGAAAAAUCGGGAUAUUGAGAUUGAUAAGUAAACAAUCUUCUCAGCUUCAUGCUCUAAUUACAAUGUUUCUGCACUAUAAUACUUUUGGUAUUUAGAUGCAUUCGAUGGAGGUAGUGUUAUGAAUGAUAUAUAGUCUCAAUCAAUAAAAUUAAAAGAGAAUGCACUCUUGAAUUUAUAAGGACUAGAUCCAAUAUUACAAGUUAAAACAGAGCUCACAAAAUUAACAGCUCAUGACUGCUUAAGUUCAUAUAUGCUAUCUAUUCCCUCAAAUGAUAACAUAGUCCUUGGUAGUCUAAAUGUUGAUGCAAAGAAUGUUGUAUUUAGACGAUAAAUCUAAAAAGUUGAAUUCAAAAAUUAUACUGAUCAAAUGGGUGGCGAUCUAUUAUUCACACUUAAGUACCAAACAAAAGCACAAAAAAAUUAUACUUUGAUAUCCAAGACUAGUAUGAAAGAGUUGUAUGUAAUUAUACCUGAGUGUUAGUAUCUCUAUUUAAAUGUCUAUGACAAUAAGGGAUCCCUAAAAAUUCAGUCAUUUGAUAUGAGUUUUGGGAAAAGCCUCGCAACAAGCUAGUUAUAAUUUGUAGAAUUCUAUAAUGAUCUACAAAUGAGCAUGGAUCUGGAUAUCAACUAGUAAAGUAGCUUCUUAGGAAAGACACCUGAGAUAUUUAUGAAUAUGGUCGAACAGAGUAUAUAUUUGUUCAUUGAAUGUUAUGAUUAAUUAGACAGUGAAAUGAUUCAUUACUAUGAACUAGAUAUUUACUAAAAACUGAAAGACUUAGUCUAACUCUCAAAUAUCUACAAUGGAAUAUCUGAUUCAAAAAUCAAUACUCUUGUGACUAUGGUUAGAGCUUUAGAUCUUUUAAUCAACGAUAAAAGUUAAGCAUUUCUAACUUUAAAAUCCUCCAACAUUUAUUAAUUCUUAACACAAAAUAUUGAUUUAGAGAUGCUAUCUUUAAGCAAAAAUGAAAAUUAAGAGGUUAACAUGCAAUUUUACAGUAUUUUGCAAUCAAUAAAACCAUAUUUAAAUAUGACUGCUAGUUAAUGGGUUGAUUUUAAUCAAACAAUCUCAGAUUCGUACUCAUUUAUAAACUAGAAUCUAAUGAACGGAGAAGUUUUAAUUUUGGACUCUCAAAAUACAACAGUAAAGAAAAUUAUUAAGCAAGAGCUUGCUUAAAAUGAGAUCGAAUUUAGUGCUUUUGGAGUAGAAAUCCAAAUAAAUUAGAAUGAUUUAAAUGACAUUGAUGCGCCAGAAAUGCUUAUUAGUAUUCAAACAAAAGAUGACUCAUUGUUUUAACAGUAUUCUAACCCAAAUAACACAAGAAUUUCAACAAUUUAUGAUAUAAGUCUUACAGAUAUGUCAGCUAAUAAACUUGUCGUACAAAAUAAAUCCCUUGUUAUUGCCUUCAAUAACAUAGAUACUAAAAGCCACAAAAACAUUAAAUGUGCAUAUUUUGAUGAGGAUGCAAUGUAGUGGUAAUUAGAUAGUCAAGGGGAAUUAGUGACUUAAGUUGUCGAACAGGAAAACCAAGUAUAUUGUUAGACAAAUCAUUUAACUGUAUUCACCGUAUUUAAUGUAACUAUAGACUCAGGGCCUAUCAAUAUUCCUAAUGACCCGAACAAGCCAUCGUAGGAUGGUAAAAAUAAAGAUUCAAAAGCCAAUGAAUAAGUCAUAAUAUCUCUUAUUCAAAUCGCUAUUAUCCUAGCUGCUUUUAUUAUACUUACUAUUUCUGCAAAAUUCGAGCAUUAAAAGACCUUAAUAUUCAGGUAAAAUGAUUAUUCCUAGCUAUAAAAAAGACUAAGCUUAAAAGUGAUUUUCACAAAUUUCGCCAGCAUUCUAGUAUUAUUAAAAUCAGAGAGAGUAAAUUGCUUCGCUAGAUUCUUGAUUUUUAUUAAUUAUUUGCUAGUGAUUUCAUUCUGGACUUUAGUUAAUCUUGCAGUUUACAGAAAUCACAGGACUCUUGGGGAUGAAAUCUUUGUGAUAAUCACUAACAUUUGUAUUAUUACUUUUCUCUCUCCAAUAACAAGACAAAUACUAGUUUAUAAGUUCUAUGAAUUUAUACCAAUUAAGUAAUUUAGUUCAAUACCAUAAUAGCAAGACAAAUCAUUGAUAAAACCUUAACAAAAUAUUAAUCAUACUGGAAACAAUCGGCCUUAGAUUAAAAUUGAUGAGGAUCUGAACUAGAUUAAUCUGAAACUGGAUAAUUAGAUACCAGCUUCAACUUCAAGCAACCUAAAGAAAUCAAAUAACAAUAAAGGAUACCAAUCUUAGCAGCUUCAUACUUCCUCUAACUUGAUAAUGAAUUUAUCAGAUUCUCCUAUUGGAGCAGUAGAUGCAGAAAAGAUUAACAGAGGAGAUGAACUAACGACAUCUAAAUUGAAAGAUAAAACAGCAGCAGUUACCAUUGAAGAUGACAGAACUUAGGGCAAUCAAUACAGAUCACAAAGAUACAAACCUAGCGGGCUUAUCAAUAUGGAUGAAACAGAGCAAAAUCUAAAGUAACCCGAAUUCGAGAUUGAUUUUGAAAAUGAGAGCAAUUGCUUUGAUAAAUUAGGAAAUCCAUUAUAAAGUAAAUCUAGAAGGUCUAGCCUGAUAGCAAUUGAUCUAAUUAGUAGCGAAGAAGGAGAUUAGCCUCUUGGAUUUUCAGAUAGAAACAUCAUGCAAUUAGCCCUAAACUUCAAUGCUCAUAGUAUGUCCAAGUAAAAAUAAGACAAAAUAUCAGAUAAUGAAGAGGACGAGGAAGAUGAAUAUGAAGAGGAUGAGCAAGAAUUCCAGUUUGAAGGAGGCUCGGAUGAAGAAAAUAAUGGUCCAAGUCUUAGUGGCAAUAGACUUCAUAAUCAAGAUGCUGGUAGUCGAUCCCAUAAAUACUAAAUGAAUGAUGGUAAUGCAAAUAACGUUAUAAGCAAUGGGUACUAAGAAAACAAGUUCUAAGGUUAUGAGGAAAAGAUCAUUGUUAAGUAAGUUUAAAUCGCCUUAGUCUAGAUUGUAUCACUCUUGGUUUUGAUUGCCUUGAACGCCUAUUUGUUUUAUAAUGUUAAUAUUGCUGAAGAAAACUCAGUGGUGAAAUCAUACAUUGCAGUAAUAAUUGUAAGCGUAAUCGCACAGUUUGUUAUCAUUGAUUUUCUGAUAAGUUUCAUUGCAUCCUACUAUAUUAAGAAGGUAGCCUUAAAAGAUUUAAGCUAGUGCCAGUCUAUCAUAGUUUUUACCUUUAUCACCGUAAAUAGAAUAAGAGCAUUGUGA